AAGACUCUGAAAAGUUCUUUCUUCAGGGUGGGGGUGCCCUGUGAUUGCAACAAGAAGCCAAACUUCUACUCGAUGCUUUCCUAUGAGAUGAGACUUGCUGGGAGUGGCUUAACCUCAGACCCAACUUAUAAAAGCCACUACGGACUGUGCAUCUGGCCACAUCAGAAAUACCCUUGGCACGCAGUCUGUCCACAGGUUUGGUUAAAGCCAGGCGAGGUAUUUUAACCAAAAGUCAACUUCAAACCCACCAGCAAAGUUACUUAAGAAGACCAACGGAGACUCAGGAUAUGUCAGACCAAAUAAGAAGGAAAAAGAAGCUAAGUCAUUCCCCUAGAAAUAAUUCUGCAGGAUCAAGAAAUACGGACAAUAACCCAGUGAGCCUUCAUCCCGCCAUCCGCAAGUUUCUGCAGGCAGGUGGCUUCUCUGGAGAGCUUCCACCAGAACUUGAGCAAACUUAUCUGAGGCCCCUGAUUCAGCAGGCGAUGGACGUUGCGUUGUACAGUCACUAUGAGGAGGAGGUGAGACCUUGCAUUGACCUCAUCGAUCACCUGCGUUCGCUGGGUUUGGAGAAAGACCUGUCCUUGCCGGCCAUCGCUGUGAUCGGGGACCAGAGCUCGGGGAAGAGCUCUGUGCUGGAGGCGCUGUCUGGUGUGUCGUUGCCCAGAGGGACCGGUAUUGUGACGAGAUGCCCACUGGAGCUGAAGCUGAAGAAUGUCAAAGAAAAGGAUGUUUGGACAGGUUUUAUAACUUACAACAACCAUAGACAAGAGCUGACAGACCCCUCAGAGGUGGAGCAAGAAAUUCGGAUAGCCCAGGAUAUAAUUGCGGGCAAGGGAGUGGGGAUCAGCCAUGAGUUGAUCAGCCUACAAAUCGAAGCCAGCAAUGUGCCGGAUCUUACUCUUAUAGACCUGCCAGGAAUUGCCAGGGUCGCAGUGGGAAAGCAGCCCCUGAACAUAGGGGACCAGAUCAAGCAACUGAUCAAGUCGUUCAUUGAGAAGCAGGAGACCAUCAACCUUGUGGUCGUUCCUUGCAAUGUGGACAUUGCCACCACAGAGGCUCUGAAAAUGGCACAGGAGGUUGACCCCUCAGGAGAGCGAACCGUGGGUAUCCUAACAAAGCCUGACCUGGUGGAUAAGGGCACGGAGAAAACGGUGGUGGAAAUUAUCCAAAACCAAGUGGUGGAGUUGAAGAAAGGCUACAUAGUUGUCAAGUGUCGCGGGCAACAGGACAUCAACGAGAAGCUGACCCUGCGUCGGGCCUUGGAGAAGGAGAAGGUGUUUUUCGAGGAGCACCAGCAUUUCAGGUUUCUUAUUGAUGAAGGAAAAGCCUCCAUUCCUUGUUUGGCUAAAAGACUUACAAGUGAGCUUGUCGACCACAUCAAAAAAUGGUUGCCCAAAUUUGAAAAGGAAUUGUCAGACAGGAUAUAUACAAUAACCCAAGAACUGAAGUAUUACGGGGAAGGAGUUCCCGACACGGAGAACGAAAAGAUAACCUUUCUGAUUCAAAAAAUCAAUACAUUUGGACAACAUGUCGUCAGCUUAGCCUUGGGGGAAGAGCCUGAGACCUUCAUCCAGAAGGAGAGGUGCUAUUCCAAAGUUCGCAAGGAGUUUCAGCAAUGGAAGGUUUACCUUAAUCAUGCGCUGCAUCAAUUCCAGUGUGAUCUGAAGAAUAACGUUUGCGCUUAUGAGCGCAUGUACCGAGGUCGCGAGCUUCCCGGGUUCACCAACUACAAAACCUUUGAGGCAAUCAUCAAGCAACAGGUCUGCAGACUGGAACAACCAGCCAUGUUGAAACUGAAGAAUAUUACAGAAAUUGUUCAUGAAUCUUUUAUGGCUAUCGCUCUCCACAAUUUCAACGGCGUUCCCAAUCUAUUAAAAGCUUCCAAGAUGAAAAUGGAAGAGCUAAAGAAGAAGCAAGAAAGACAUGCAGUGAGCCAGCUGCGAAUCCAGUUCAAGCUUGAAGAUAUUGUGUACUCGCAAGACUCCAACUACAGUGACAAUCUUGAGUUAAAAGCAACAGAAGAGUACAGGGAACAAACUCCAGAUCAGAAUUCAUUAACGUCCAAAAUGUCCACUUCAAAGUCAAAAGAAGAGUCUAUCCAGGAGAUGUCAACACAUGUGGAUACCUACUAUAAGAUCAUGUCCGAUCGUCUGGCUGACCAGGUGCCCCUGAUAAUCCGUUACUACAUGAUGCAGGAGUUUGCGAGCAACUUGCAGGUCCAGAUGCUGGAACUACUGCAAAACAGGCAGCAGAUUGAAGAGUAUCUCGAAGAGGAGAAGACGAUCGCAGAGAAGAGAAGGACCCUCAAGAACAAACUGGACCGUUUGUCCAAAGCCCAGGUCCAUCUGUUAGAUCUCGCUUGAUUUUGCUUGCAAAGCUAAGAAAGUCUAACAGCAGCAGAAGCAACAACAACAACAACAACAACAACAACAAAGCAGCUUGCAUUUUCAUGAUCCUCAUAAUCAUUGCAUUUUUUGGUAUAGUGCCUUAUCACGUCUUUG